AUGGUAUAUUCACCAUCGAAGAAAAGUAUUUAUUGUUUCUGCUGCAAACAGUUUGAUAAUCUUUGUCAAGCAGGUUUUAAUACGGAAAAUGGUUUUAACAAAUGGUGGAAACUUAAUCCCAAAAUUAGUCAACAUGAGGUGAGUCCACUGCACAUUCGAUCAUAUUCCAAAUGGAAGGAAUUAGAAAUAAGACUUGGACGUGGCGCAACUAUUGACAAACUACAACAACAGAAUAUUGAUAAAGAAAUAAAAAAAUGGAAGGAAAUUCUAACAAGAAUACUUGAUAUAAUUAGAUUCUUAGCAAAACAAAAUUUGGCGUUUCGAGGACAUCGUGAAAGUGUUCAUCAGGAAAACAUCGAUUCAAUGGAAAAUAGAGGAAAUUUUCUUGAGCUUGUUGACUUAUUGGCUAAGUACGACCCAGUAUUACGAGAACACGUAGUAAAAAUUAAGAUGGGUAAUAAAUAUAGUAUCUCUUAUUUGUCGCCGAAGAUCCAGAACGAAUUCAUAGAGCUAUUGGGAGGCGCAGUCAGAAAAACAAUUAUGGAUCAAAUAAAGCAGGCUAAAUACUUUUGUAUUAUAUUUGACAGCACUCCUGACAUUUCACACAAAGAUCAAACCAGUCAAAUUAUUAGAUAUGUAGUUAUUGAUGGUAGCGAAGUUAAAGUUGUAGAAUCGUUUAUUGACUUUGUAGAAACUAAAGGAAAAACUGCUGGUGAAAUCACAGAUAUGAUUUUAACGAAAUUAGAAAAUGACGGUUUAGAUAUAAAAAAUUGCAGAGGACAGGCUUACGAUAAUGCUGCCGUCAUGGCAGGAAAGCACAGCGGUGUUCAAACUCGUAUUAAAGAAAUAAAUCCAAAUGCAGAAUUUGUAGCAUGUACAAAUCAUUCUUUAAACCUGGCAUGUUUACACGCAGCUUCUACAGCUAUCAAUUCCAUCACAUUUUUUGGAACUAUCGAACAGUUGUUUUCGUUGUUUUCUUCUUCCACUCAUAGAUGGAAUGUUUUACUUUCUGUCACUGGUCAAGGUGUUAAACGCAGUGUAGAAACUCGCUGGAGCGCUAGAGCUGCCGCGGUAACUAUAGUAAAAAAACAUUUUUUUUACAUUUUAAGCGCUUUGGAAAAAUUGACAUCUGAAGAAGAAAAUAGUAAAACGAGAUCAGAUGCUGGAGUAUUACUCAAUUCUAUGCAAUCUUUUUCUUUUCUAUGUUACCUUCAUUUAUGGGAACCCGUCCUUUUGGAAAUUAAUGACGCUCAAAAAUACCUGCAAAUAAAAGGGUUAAAUGUCCACCAAUGCCAUAUAAAACUAAAUUCUUUGCAAACACAUUUCAUGGAACAAAGAGAUACGCUAGUACAAAACGCUGUUAUAGCAGCCAAAAUAAUUUGUGAAGAGUUGGAGAUAUCGACUGAGCGUCGAGUUAGAAGGAGAAAAAAUAUGAGUGGGGAAAAUUCGCGAGACGUGGGGCUAUCCUUAGAAGAAGAAGUACGAAGAGAAAUGUUUUCAUCUAUGGACAGAAUUAUAAAGGAAAUAAAAGAACGCUUCGAUCAGUUGCAUGGCCUUGUAAGAAAAUAUUCGUGUAUAAUACCGUGUAACCUACUAAAUGAAGAAUUUGAAUGUCAAAUAAAUGACUUGAUUGACAUUGAUAAAGAACAGUUCCAUAUUGAAAGAAAAAGGAUCCAGGUUUUUAUGGCUGUACCUACACUAAAAGAAGAGGCAAAACAUUGGAAAAACGGGGAGAAGGGCCCUCUUGAUCUGCUAAAAUUUAUUCAGCAGUAUAGGUUGGAAAAUUCUGUUCCCAACAUUAAACUAGAAAUCAUCAAACGGCUAGAAAAAGGCGAGAAUAGAAAUGUUUUAAUGAAUGAGUUUAACAUUGGCUCAUCAACUAUUUAUGACAUUAAAAAACAAAAAGAUGAACUAAUGAAGUUUGCUUCUCAAUCGGUAACAACUGAAAAAUUGGCUUUUAGACAAAUAUUAAAAAAAAAACUGGAGCAGCUAGAUAGUGUAUUGUUCAAAUGGUUUAGUGUAGUACGUUCUGAAGGAAAGCCAGUAACAGGGCCAAUGAUUGUUGAAAAGGCAAAGAAAUUCGGCUAA